AUGAUGGUAAGACCAAGUUCAUCAGGCCUCUUAGUAGGACUUCUGUGGUUAUGCUGCUGGGGAGCCAUGGCACAAACAGGAGCAGAAUACAUGGCAUACAAGGACCCUAAGCAGCCACUAAAUAGGCGAAUUAAGGACUUGAUGGGUCGAAUGACGCUGGAAGAAAAGAUCGGGCAGAUGACGCAGCUGGACCGUGCCAAUGUCACAGCUGAGAUCAUGAGGGACUUCUCAUUAGGCAGUGUUUUGAGUGGCGGAGGGAGUGUGCCGCGUGAGCAGGCUAGUCCACAGGAUUGGAUCAACAUGUUCAAUGAGUUUCAAAAGGGUGCACUUUCGAGCCGGCUUGGGAUCCCUAUGAUUUAUGGCAUUGAUGCUGUUCAUGGGCACAACAAUGUUUAUAAGGCCACUAUUUUCCCACAUAAUGUUGGUCUUGGAGCCACCAGGGAUCCGGAGCUUGUGAAGAAGAUUGGUGCUGCAACUGCACUUGAAGUUAGAGCUACUGGCAUUAAUUAUGCGUUUGCACCAUGCAUUGCGGUCUGCAGAGAUCCGAGAUGGGGUAGGUGCUACGAGAGCUACAGCGAAGAUCCUGCAGUCGUAAUACAAAUGACUGAUGUCAUACUUGGAUUGCAAGGCGAAAUUCCAGCUGGUUCCCGGAAGGGCGUUCCUUAUGUGGGUGGAAAGGAUAAGGUAGCAGCCUGUGCAAAGCACUUUGUUGGAGAUGGUGGCACAACCAGGGGUAUAAAUGAGAACAACACCGUGAUUGAUAGGCAUGGAUUGUUGAGCAUUCACAUGCCUGCUUACUACCAUUCUAUCAUCAAGGGUGUGUCCACUAUCAUGGUCUCCUACUCAAGUUUGAAUGGAAAGAAGAUGCAUGCUCACCAUGAGCUCGUCACCAAAUUUCUCAAGGACACCCUUAAGUUCAGGGGCUUUGUCAUCUCCGACUGGCAGGGUAUCGACAAAAUUAACUAUCCGCUCCAUUCGAAUUACCCAGAAGCGGUUCUUGCUGGUGUUCAAGCUGGCAUUGACAUGGUCAUGGUUCCCUUCAAUCAUACCGAGUUCAUUGGCAUUGUAACCGACCAUGUCAACAACAAACGUAUCCCCAUGAGCCGUAUUGACGACGCAGUUAGGAGAAUUCUGAGAGUCAAGUUCGUGAUGGGUCUGUUUGAGAACCCUUUGGCAGAUGAGAGCUUUGUUGACAAGCUUGGAAGCCAGGUCACUAAUUUGAUCUCUUAUACUAAAUCUUCUAAAAUAUGA